GCGGGGGCAGGAAGAGGGACCCGGCCCCACAGGAGUUGCAGCGCCCGCGAGGCCUGUAAGUUUGUCCAUGGAGCAGCAUGGAGAGAAGAAGAUAGCAUAGUAAAGUGGUGGAGUUGUGGACAGGAUGGCCUUCCUGGAUAACCCAGCAAUUAUAUUGGCUCAUAUUCGGCAGUCACAUGUGACCAGUGAUGACACAGGGAUGUGUGAAAUGGUCCUGAUAGAUCAUGAUGUUGACCUAGAGAAAUUCAAUCCUUCUUCAGUGACUGGAGACAGUGGUUCGGAAACACAGGGAAGCAAUGGAGAGACUCAGGGUUAUGUAUAUUCCCAAUCAGUUGAUAUUACCUCAAGCUGGGACUUCGGUAUUAGAAGACGAUCAAAUACAGCUCAGAGACUAGAACGACUACGAAAAGAGAGACAAAAUCAAAUAAAAUGCAAAAACGUUCAGUGGAAAGAGAGAAAUGCUUCUUGUUCAGCAGAGGAGCUAAGCUCGCUGUUCGAAAAAAAGAAUUUCAGAGUAAAGUCUCCACAUUCUGGGAAGCAGUCGUUACUGUCUGUGCGACUUGAACAGUGUCCACUGCAGUUGAACAACCCUUUCAAUGAGUACUCAAAAUUUGAUGGCAAGGGUCAUGUUGGUACAACUGCAACCAAAAAAAUUGAUGUCUACCUCCCAUUGCACACAAGCCAAGACAAACUGCUGCCAAUGACAGUUGUGACGAUAGCAAAUGCCAAGGUGCAUGACCUGAUUGGACUAAUAUGCUGGCAAUACACGAGUGAAGGACGGGAACCCAAACUAAAUGACAAUGUCAAUGCCUACUGUCUCCAUAUUGCUGAGGACGAUGGUGAGGUUGACACAGACUUUCCACCCUUGGAUUCCAACGAACCCAUUCACAAAUUUGGCUUCAGCACUCUGGCAUUGGUUGAAAAGUACUCUUCUCCAGGGCUGGCAGCUAAACAGUCACUCUUUGUUCGAAUAAAUGCUGCUCAUGGAUUCUCACUUAUUCAGGUGGACAGUAUGAAGGUCACCAUGAAGGAUAUCUUACAAAAGGCCUUAAAGCGGAGGAAGGGAUCACAGAGGGGUUCAGGUCCUCAGUAUCGUCUGGAGAAGCAGAGUGAACCCAAUGUCCCAGUAGACUUAGACUGUACCUUGGAGAGCCAGAGCACUUUGGAAUUCUGCCUUGUCCGAGAGAACAGUUCAAGAGGAGAAGAGAUCUCCGAGGAAGAUCCUCAGAUCGAUAUAGCUACAGUUCAAGAUAUGCUUAGUAGCCACCAUUACAAGUCCUUCAAAGUCAGCAUGAUCCAUAGGCUUCGGUUCACAACUGAUGUUCAGUUAGGUAUCUCUGGAGACAAGGUAGAGAUAGACCCUGUUACUAAUCAGAAGGCCAGCACUAAGUUUUGGAUUAAGCAGAAACCCAUUUCGAUCGAUUCUGAACUCCUCUGCGCCUGUGACCUUGCGGAAGAAAAAAGCCCAAGUCAUGCAAUAUUUAAACUUACAUAUCUAAGUAAUCAUGACUACAAACACCUCUACUUUGAAUCAGAUGCUGCUACCAUCAAUGAAAUUGUCCUGAAGGUUAACUAUAUUCUAGAAUCCCGAGCAAGUACAGCCAGAGCAGAUUAUUUUGCUCAGAAACAAAGAAAACUGAGCCGGAGAACAAGCUUUAGCUUCCAGAAGGAGAAGAAAUCAGGACAGCAGUAAUGUCCAGCCUGGAGCAAAAACCUGUCCGCACAAUUCGAAGAAGGAGAAGUUCCCAACAGCCUGAGACAGGUGGGAGCCAGAA